AUGGCUGCGGCCAAGUGGGCUCAUCUGUCUCACAGUGUAUUGGAAACAAUAUUUAGUUUCUUAGAUUUAACUGAUCUAAGGAGUUCUUCAUUAGUGUGUAAACACUGGUAUAAACUUUUAACUGACGAAAACAAUGAUGUGUGGAGGAUGCACUGUAUACGAAAACUUGCAGAAGAAGCAUUGAAAUCGGAUUUACUUUCGAGUGCUCCGACAUAUAAAGCAAAACUUCGUGCUUUCUUUCAUGCUUGGGAUCCCAAUGAGUGCUCUAGAAAUAUAUAUAUUAAACCUAAUGGCUUUACUUUACAUAGAAAUCCUGUUGCUCAGAGUACUGAUGCUGCCAAGGGGAAAAUAGGUUUCAGAACAGGUCGUCACUGUUGGGAAGUUUGGUGGGAAGGACCAUUAGGAACUGUUGCUGUUAUAGGAAUUGCAACAAAAAAGGCCCCUGUGCAGUGUACAGGCUAUGUUGCAUUGUUAGGGUCAAAUUCAGAAAGCUGGGGGUGGAAUCUUGUAGAUAAUCAUUUACUUCACAAUGGAGAUAGUCAAGGAAAUUAUCCACAACUGAAUAAUGCUCCAAAGUAUGAAAAAGGUGAGAGAAUUCGAGUUAUUUUAGACUGUGAAGACAAUACUCUAGCAUUUGAACGUAAUUAUGAGUUCCUUGGUGUUGCAUUUCGUGGACUUCCUGACAAGAAGCUCUACCCAGCUAUUUCUGCAGUAUAUGGAAACACAGAAGUCUCAAUGGUGUAUUUGGGUCAUCCUUUGGAUGGUUGAUAGAAAUAUCAAGUUGUACAAUCAGUUUUAUACAAAAUUACCCAAGUGAUCAUAAGAUCUACAAGUGCUACAGCCAUCCAUAUCACUCCAGGUCGUACCUGAAGUACAUCCUAAUCUGCCUUCGUGGUCCAACUUGAUCUGUGCAUCUUUGUUUUACUAAUAUCAUGACUACAUACUGAUGUUUGCUGAAACAUGAAAAAUUUGACUUGGUAUCAACAAAUCUCAUGUCAAUACUACAGUGUGUUUCCACUUCCACUUUGAACUCCAUAUAUAUUUUAUACAGUUGGAACAUCAUUAUUGAAGAUUUGUGAAAAGACUUCAGUGGAGUAAAGUGGAAUACAAAUGAUGGCACCACAAUUCAGAAGUAGACUAAAGAGAGAUAUGACCAGCAUUUUCUCCACAAAUAUAGCAGAACUCACAAAGUGUAACUAAAACCUUCUACUUAGGUUACGUAUUACAGUAUAUACCUUUGAACGUAACAUGACAAGAAAAAUUUUGAAUUGAACAAAGAACAACUAUAUUGAUUUUGUUACAGCAAUUUCAUGUUUUAGGUUUUAUGCUUUCAAAUUUCUUGAUCUGCUUAGUGAUGUGAUACAUUUGUGCAUUUUCCAGUGUUCAUUUAUUUAUUCUUGGGAAUUUAAAAUUUUGUUGAAGUUUAAACAUUGGCACAGGCAUAGCAGUGAAGGAUUCAAGUUUCAAAUACUCUAACUAGUACUUUAUUUUAUUUAUUGUUGAUGUUGUAAGAUUGAUUCCAACAAAAGUAAACAAAAAUAUUAACUGAUUAUUAGCAUUAUGGAUGUAUUCUUGAGAGAAUGAUUUCUACAUCUUAUGAUACAGAUGUCAUAAGUAUGAAAGAGGUAAAGACCUAUUUUACUUUUUUUUAAUAAGUUUGUAAAGACACAUCACUGACUUACUGGAGUGAUUGAACAAUUAGGAAUGUUUUCAACAUCUCUGUUCUAAAACACAUUAAGCUUACAUGUGUAUAGAUCAUUGACCCCUAAAGAAUGCAUGAAACUGUAAGGCAAAUUUCAUAACAAUUGUACUAAUAAUUAAAAUGAAACAAUACUUUUUCAAGCCUUGUAUUUAUCCCUUUUAGUUUUUGUUUAUUUGCAAAACACAACCAAAGUUGUGCACAUAAUGACUGUUGUAAGAUGUUUAAAAAUGUACAAAGGAAAGAAAUAUUACUAUACAGCGUAAACGGUGAUAAGAGAAAUAACUUCAAAACUUAACAAAAGAAAGGUGUGUAACAGAUGAAAAAAAAAAACUAGUAGAAGGGCUUGAACAUUUUCAGCUAUUAAAGUAGAUGGAAAAGUCCCAAAGUAUAUAUAUUUUUCUUCAUAUAUUUAAAAAAACAGUGAAGUUUUCUUUCCUACAUAGCUUUUUGAUCGUGACUUGAAGGUGGUACUUAAUUGUUGAUCCAUCCAUUCCUCUUCUGACUUUACCAAAGAAUACAAAAGUCUGAUUUUUUAAAUUUGAAAAAGCAUGCUUAUCUAGUGUACAGCUACUAUAAAUACACAUGUAUAAAUGUAUUUUUUCCUGUUGUAGUGAAUAUCAUGAGAGAUCAUCAUUUCUAAGUUUAUUUAAACAAUAGCAUUAUCUUUGAAUGUACAGUUAUACACUUUCAGCCAUAUGGACAGCAUACAGUCAUGAAAACUAGGAAAAUACUGGUUGAUAUUUGAAGAAGUAUCUUUUUACAGUACUACUGGUUUUUUGUUUUGUUUUUCGUAAAUAUACAGUCAUACUGUUACCAUUUAGCUAUUUCUUACUUGAAACAAAAAUAAAUUUAUAAACAGUAGGAUGAGCAUAGAAUAUAUGUGUUCCCUUGCUAAAAAAGACAUGUUCCACAUUUUAACCUUGCUGGUAUAUGUGCUCCCUCUAUUGAACUUUGGACUUCUACUUGAAUAUCCUCACAAUAUAAAACUUUAUGUAACUCAUAAAUUACCAACACCUACACAUUGAUAAAAAAAAGUGAUUUUUCAUCUCCAGAAUUAAAUAAACACAAUGUAUUAUAGAAUAUAAAAAAUCUCAAUAUCUUUAAAAUUAGCACAUUCUCAGACUUAAGAGUAGUAAAACUCUGGCAGCUGUUUCCAUUUUUUUUAUAUUUACUUUCAAAAGAAAGUCCUGUAAAAAAAAAGCUUUAUGAAUACAUGUUCUGUGAAGAGUGUAGAGGAACUAAUUUAAAUUUUUUGCUUAUAAACUCUUGCAAGGUAGCUAGUAGUAAAAUAAAAUAUAUAUACACCAUAUCUGUUACUGAAUUUUUAUACACUGAAAAAUGUUUUUUCCAGUUAUUGAUGAUGUUUUUUUUUUGUGUGUGUAUGUACUACAUGUGAGAUUCUAAAUAAGAAGGAUAUUCCAGAAAGAAGGUUGAACUUAGAGCAAAACAAGAAGUAGAUUUGUCAUUACCAUGAUUUUUGUAACUAAAAGUUGAUAAUAUGUUGUGAAGAACAAAUAAACUACCUUGUAAAAAUGUUACUGACAUAAUUAAAACCUAUGCAGUUUAAAAGGGUAAAUCAUUAAUUAAAUACAUCGUAUACCAGAGAUGGGCAUGAUUGCUUGAUCUUAUGGAAGUGGUUGUUAAUUUUGAUCUUUGAAGAUUUUGUUUUUGUUCUCAUAUUAAGAUAUUCAUUCAUUUUUAGACAAAUUUACUGUGAAUCCUAACCCUAAUUUUAAGUUAAUGCUCUGUGCAACAUCUCAUGCUUCUAUUUGUGUAUGCCAUGCUCAAUUGAAACAGCAGAUUUCUUCAGAACCAGCAAGAGUAGCUAUACUGGUAUGUAUCAGCAAAUGUCGCAUGCAUUACCCUUGAAGUGCUGUUAUGGGCAUAACCACUUAAAAUGUGCCAGAGUUAUCAGUGUUAAAUACCAGUACUUAUGCUACAGUUAUAAAAAUGACUUCUACCCAUGAAGAUUUUAUUUAAGUUAAUACAAAGUCUUAGAAUGUUAAGAAUGACAAAACCCAAAAAUUAGAAAACAUUUUCAAAUUUAAAACCACGAGAACGUUUUUGAAAGAAGAAACAAAUGUAAAAACAAUAUAAUUUUAGUCUAUUCUGGAUUUGCAGACUAAGAAUAUUUAUAACUGUAAGGCCAUAUAAUUUUAAUUUACUCAGUGUUAGAAUACACAUGUACAGACAUAAGGGAUGAAAUGCAAGUAGAAAAGAUUCUUGCCUUUAUGGAAUUAGAACACAUUCUAUGUACAUGAAGAAGAAAUUCAUGAUCUUCAGGCUGCUGAAGAUAACAACAUAGAUUUAGUAUAAAUUGCUUAAUUGUAAAACACAGUAAACAUCCUAAAACCGAGUAAUGAUUAGAAUAACAAAGCAUGGAGCUAAUUGAGCUUAAAGUAAGAAGAUACUCACAACUUAGACAAAAGUUAUAUGCCUCACAAAAUUUGACUUGCACAUAGAAUCAAGUAGGCUUAAAACUAUGACCACACAUCUGAACCAAAUCAAGGUUAAAUGUUAUUUUUUCAAAGUUAAGAUUAUAUUUCCUUUGUGAAUUUAAUUAAUUAGUUUUUGUUCUUUUGUGUAAAAGGUAGUCUUGGUUGUAUAUAAACAUGGCAUAUUGAAGGUUCUACUGUGACCAGAAUGUCUCUUUUAAUGACUUUUUGUUUUGGUAUUUAAAAAUGUGCAAAUCAAUAGUUUUAAUUUCAGUAAAAUGUUUAGUAAGAUUCAAAUUGUGUAGAUAUCCUUAAGAUGUUUUCUGUUAUAAAAUUGAAGUCUGGUUGCUAGAUUGUUCAGAUCUUCAUGAUUAUUUACACCUUUGCCUUCAAGUUGAUUAAUUAAAUGAAUUAUUUUGCUGCAUUAACUAUGUGGUAUAGAUAAGUUUAUUUUUGUUUAAAACUCGCAUAAUUUUUAUGAUGUAUGAUGGUAUUACGUUUAAGUAUGUCUCAUCAUAGAGAUACCCACAAUUAGUGUUGCUGAAACUCACUUUUCAUGACAGUGUUUUUCCGUUAUGUAGUUAUUUUGUUUUUUUUCUGAUCUUAUUACUCAGGAUAUUGAAAUUAAAUAAUGAAGUAAAAAUGAUCACAAAAUAAAUUUUUAUAUGGAUGUUAAUGUGUAAC